AUGGGGGGCACCUCUGCCACCCUCCAGCUCCACGCUCAGGGCAGCCUGCUGGGACAUUCCCAGCAGGAGAAAUCCCUGAUCCUCCUCAGGGCCUUUGCAGCAGCAGCAGCAGCUUCAUCUCAUCCCAGGCCGAAGGGCUAUUCCAAGAGCUGGGCCCCGUGGCAGGACCUGGGCCAGGUGGGAAGGGGACACACACCACCUGCCUGACACAGCUCCUCGCCCACAGGCUGCCCGUACGAGCCCAUCACCACCACCACCAUCACCACGGACCCCUUCUUGUUGCUGACUUACACCCCUGAGGAGUUCAACCUGUGCCUGAGCAGCGACACCUUGAUGGAAAACCUGGAGGCUCUGCUGGACCUGCCGUUCCCCGUGGAGUUCCACAAAGUCAUGAAAGAGAAGGUGGACCAGGCUUACCCGUCGGGGAUCCCGGAGGAGCAGCUGAGGCGCCUGGGACAGUUGGCCCGGUGGUACUCGGAGGAGGAGAUCAGCCGGUGGCCAGUGACCUCCAGUGACACACUGGAAGUCCUGCUCGACCCCUCGGGAGGGAAAUGGAAUGAUUCCCAGGUGCAGCAGCUGAUCACCAGGUACCUGACCCUGGGGGGCACCUUGACGGGGCCCUUGCUCCGGAAAAUCGGGGACAGACGCCUGUGCAACCUGCAGGAGGAGCAGAUGGAGCAAAUACCCGCCAAAGCAAUGGGGACUGCUGGGCAGUUAGACAUCUCUACAUGCUCCCAAAGCAAGAAGGAGCUUCUCUACAGGAAAGCCCAGGAGGCCUUUGCCAGCCUGGCUGGCACCCCCAGCGUGUAUUACUGCCGACUCCAGCCCUACCUGGGUGGAGCUCCAGCAGAGGACCUGAAAUACUUGGCCAGUGCUGGCGAGGCCAUAAACAUGGAUAUGGACACCUUCCUAUCCCUAAAUCCCAAGGAACUGCAGAAACUCAGUGUCACGGACGUGAAAAAUUUGCUGGGGGAAAACCUCUGGGAGCUGAAGGAAGCUGAGAACGAGCCCUUGGUGAUGGGCUGGGUGCAGAGACAGUCCCAGCGGGAACUGGACCGUGUCCUGGGAAUCGGCCUGCAGGGGGGGAUGGAGGAACCCACGGGGACAAGCACCCCUGCUCCCCCCACCACCACAGCCAGUGUCACCUCCACGGCCACCAGGCCCAUGCCCACCACCCUCCCCACUGUCCCCACUCCUGCUGCCACUACCACCCCCCUGGCCACCCAGUCAAGCACAGUCCCCCACCAGACCCCCACCCCGAGUGCUCUCAGCCCAACCUCUGUCCCAGUCCCUGCUGUCACCUCCAGGGCCACCACCAGCACCAGUGUUGGUCCUGCCCUGGGUGGUACCUCCCACAGCACCAGCUCCCCACUGGUGCCCGUGAGCACCCCAGUACCUGGGGGGACCACCCACCCUGCUCCUUCCCCCCACAGCACUGUCAUCCCCAGCACCCACAAUGCUGCCACCACAAACCCCCCUGCCCACAAGCCCACCCCACCUCCCAACUCCACCCUCUCCACCCAAAAGAGCAUCACCUCCUCCAUCCCUGAGGCCACCACAGUGCCCUGCCAGAGCAGUGCCCCUCCAGGAUUCCCCAACCCUUCCUCCACCACCACCAAACCAACCCCUGGAGCUGUGCCGGAGUCACCACAACCAACAUCCAACGGAUACAUCAACCUGCAGCCUCAGCCUGAGCCGGAUUCAGGACCCAGCCUGUGCUCCUGCCUCAGCCACGUGCUGGCUGUCACCGUGGGGACCUUGCUGCUGCAGGGGCUGCUCUGA